AUGCCAUUCUUCAAAAGGUCGAAAAAGGCAGACUUGGGGUCGACAGCCUCCGAAGUCACCCUCGUCGACCCGGCUGCCUGCCAGGCAGCCGCCAGAGGGAUGUCGCAGGCCGUCAAGUCCAAGACGAAGCACCCCAAGCAGAAGCCUCUUACAUCUGAAUUGGACAAGUGGAACACCAUAGAAGCCAGGUUAGCAUAUAUUAUCAACAAGUGA